UCUGCUUCUUGCUGAUCUUGCGGUGGUUGUCUUUUCAAUUCUCUGGCGUUGUAACAUUAAGCUAAGCUGCUGCCUUGCUUCGUUUCCAUUUUCAUAAUUGCUUUGUUCAGUGUUUACAGCAGAAGCAGCAGAUUUCCAAUGGCGUUGAGCACCCAAAGAGCCUCUGCUUUUCAUCCUUCAGCAGAUCAGUCGGCUCCUCCUCAAUGGAACUACGAUGUGUUUUUGAGUUUCAGUGGGGUAGACACUCGAAAUAGCUUUUUAUCCCAUUUAUACCACGAAUUGCAGCACAGGGGCAUUAAAACAUUCAAGGAUGAUCCAAAGCUUGAAAGAGGGACAACUAUUUCUUCUGAGCUCUUCAAAGCAAUCCAAGAAUCAAGGCUUGCAAUCGUUGUUCUCUCGCCAAACUAUGCUUCUUCUUCCUGGUGCUUGGAUGAACUUACAAAGAUUCUCCAAUGCAUGAAAUCCAACGGCACAGUUCUGCCUGUGUUUUUUAAUGUGGAUCCCUCCGAUGUGCGAAAACAAAGCGGCAGUUUUGCAGGUGUCAUCACUGAGCAUGAGAAAAGGUUUAGGGAAGACAUAGGAAAGGUGAAGCGUUGGAGAGCUGCUUUAACAGAAGUUGCCAAUUUAUCUGGGUUUGAUUCAAAGAAUCAGUGUGAAAGAAAGCUCAUUGAAAAGAUUGUUGAAUGGGUGUGGGGGAAAGUGCAUCACACAGUGAGAUUGUUAGAUUCCACAGAGUUAGUGGGACUUAAGUUUACACGUGAGCAAAUAGACUUGCUUUUAGCUCCUACAGAUGAUGUCCGUUUUAUAGGGAUAUGGGGGAUGGGAGGCAUUGGCAAGACAACCAUUGCUAGGCUUGUUUAUGAAAGCAUUUCUUUUCAUUUUGAAGUUCGCUGCUUUCUUGCUAAUGUUAGAGAGGCUUCUGAAGGUAAUCGUCUUGUCGAUCUACAAAAACAGCUGCUUUUCCCGAUCUUGAAGGAACAAAUUACUCAAGUUUGGGAUGAAGAGUGGGGGACCUAUUUCAUUAAGAAUUGCUUAUGUAAUAAAAAGGUUCUUCUCAUUCUUGAUGAUGUGAAUGCGUCAAGCCAACUAGAGAAAUUUGCUAAGGAAAAGUAUUGGUUUGGUAAGGGGAGUAUAAUCAUCAUUACAACUCGUGAUGAACGGUUGGUUAAAAAGCAUGAUAUGGAGAUAUCAUAUAAGGUACAGGGAUUAGAUGAUGAUAAGGCUCUUAAGCUCUUUAGUCGGAACGCCUUUAAAAAAUUUGAGCCUGAGGAAGGUUUUUUGGAAUUGUCCAAGUGCUUUGUAAAUUAUGCUGGAGGCCUUCCAUUAGCUCUUAAAAUUUUGGGAUGCUCUGUGUAUAAGAGAGAUCGAGACGAAUGGAAAAAUGAAUUGGAUAAGCUACGGAAAAUUCCUAAGAUAGAAAUUUUCAAUUUGCUCAAAAUUAGUUUUGAUGGACUAGAUGAGAUGAACAAGAAUAUCUUUCUUGAUGUUGCAUUUUUCCAUAGGGGGAAGGACAAGAAGAAAUUGAGAAGUCACUCUUAA